CGCCACGUAACGAAACGUCAAAAAUUGUUGAUGUCGCUGAUCAUCACAAAAUUUUAUUAGAAUUUUGUUAAAUUUUCUUUUAAAAUGGGUUCUUCUCAGAGCUCUGAAGUUCCCGGAGGCGGUUCUGAAGGAUACCAUGUUUUACGGGUUCAGGAUGGCUCGCCCGGCCAGAAAGCCGGUCUGGAAGCAUUUUUUGACUUCAUAGUGGCCAUGCAAGAUACUAGGCUAGACCAAGACAACGACACGCUAAAAGAAUUGUUAAAACAGAAUAUUGACCGCCCUAUAAAGAUGUUAGUGUAUAGUAGUAAGUCGCAGUCAGUUCGCGAAGUGAACAUAGUGCCGUGCAGCACCUGGGGUGGCCAGGGGCUGCUCGGAGUCAGUAUUAGGUUUUGCUCUUUUGAAGGAGCCAAUGAAAAUGUGUGGCAUGUUCUUGAAGUUCACCCAUCAUCUCCAGCUGAGUUAGCUGGGCUGAGGCCAUUCUCUGACUACAUAAUUGGGGCUGAUUCAAUAAUGCAUGAGAGUGAAGACUUGUUUACACUAAUUGAGGCCCAUGAGGGGCGGCCAUUGAAGCUGUAUGUGUACAAUAUAAACAAUGACUCCUGCAGGGAGGUGGUCAUCACCCCUAACACCAACUGGGGAGGAGAGGGAAGCCUCGGCUGUGGGAUUGGCUACGGCUACCUGCAUAGGAUUCCUAUUAGAAAUGGCACCACUGGCCCUACUCCCCCACUAAAUAUGACUGCUGCAUCUAUGGCCAGCAACACACAACAAAACCUAGUAUCUGGUGUACAAAACAUGAACAUCAAUGAAGAGAACCACCCCCUGAUACCACAAACCUCAAGUGUUCAAGUGGUGGACCCUCCGCCACCUCCGUUCCUAACGGGAGUUCCAAUGGUGAACCCUUCAACGACAUACAGUACUCAACCAGCCCCGUCUCAGCCGGACCCUAGCGGUCCCCCUAUUGGAGGUCCCACUGCAGGGACCCCCGUGCCACAAGUAGCCACCUCUAUGGUCUCCAAUGUAGCUGCCUAUUCUAGCAACUUAGCGGAUGCGACACUGACAAACCUGGGCAGCAUACCGUCGGUGUCCAGCAUGCAGCCGCCGGCGCCGCUGCCGAGCCUGCCCGGCCUGCCCAUGAGCCAGCCGCAGCCCUACAUCCCCACCUACCCCACCGCCGCCGCCGACGCGCCCCCGACCAUGAUCCCCACGUUCGACAUGAGCAGCUUCCAAACCAGUACUAUUCAGCAGCCGUUCCCGUCGGCUGGCAUGCCCGUGCUGACCCCCGUGUCGCUGCCCGGCAUGCCCGCCAUCACCGUCAGCACCACGCUGCCCGUGCACACCAUGCAGGAGAUCCACCACCAGCACCACCAGCAACCCGACCUAUUAUCAUGAAAUGAUAUUCACUCGUUGACUCACACCGUCUGCCUUCAAGUGCGCUCGAGCACGAUAUUGUUGCGUUUUUAUUCAGUUUGUGACUGUUAUGUUCAAAUGAUGUAUAUUGUAUACCUAAUGUCGCGUUGGAAGGUAGAUAAAGGGAACUUUGGAUACGCGGUCGGGAUUAGUUCAAAGUGCAAUGAGGUUUCGAUGUUACAGUCACGUAACAAUGUAAUGAAACAGGUACAUCAUUCAUUCCAUAAUUUACAAGCAAAAUACCCAUCGUAACACCUUUUAUAGGCUUGCUGCUUUUAUGGUCACAACUAAUGAUUUGAGAAAGCUAUAUUGGGACGCAUUUAUCUAAUUCAUGAGUAGGUAGAACUAUGUACUUGCAGUAUGUUUAGUUACGGCCUAGACAUAAUAUUGCUAUCACGGAAACAUGCUGAAACAAUACACGAUGGACACAUGAAGCGAAAUUCAAUUAAGUUUUAUGCAUAUAUUUCUAAUAUAUUAUUUAACUUUACCUACCUUCCUACAUUUUAAACUUGUAUGUUAAAUUAUCAUGUGUAAGUAAGUAAUAUUAUGUUCAAUUUAAAAUAAAGUUGGAAAUAUAGUU